UCAAAGAAGCGGGGGAAUAAAGGGAGACAAGGGAAGACACCAGCGGAAUUUUCCUUUUUCCUCCCCGAAGCGCAGCUCCACGGGCGGCUUCGCGAUGGCCGCCGCCGACUACGACCGCGCGUACCGCCCCUACGCGCCCUCCUCCGCCGGCGACUACGACCGCCCCUACCGCAACGAGAUCGUGCCCUACGGCGACCGCCGCAUCGACCUCGUCGUCAAGCCGCCGCCGCCCACCAGGUCCCCGCCGCCGCCGUUGCCGGUCACCAAGAGCGGAGGCGGAGGCGGGAUAGGCUCCGCCUGGUGCUUCAGCGACCCGGAGGUGAAGAGGCGGCGUCGGGUGGCGAGCUACAAGGCGUACUCGGUGGAGGGAAAAGUCAAGGCCUCCUUCCGCCGGGGCUUCCGCUGGAUCAAGGACAAGUGCACGGGCUUCAUCCAUGGCUGAAUCCGUGGUCUUGGGUGAGUUCUAUUGGGAUCGAAGAAGACGCUGCAACAAUGUGCGAGUAACGGAUGCUGUUGCCUUUGCUAAUUUUGUCCAUGAGGUUGUGAUGGUAACUUUUGGGUCAGGUUUAUAGGAAACAAAAAAGAAUUAAGAGCUUCCUCAUGAGAUUGCGUUGAUUGCAGAUGCUGUUCUUACUGUCUGCUAAUUAGCUAGUUGUUUCAAGAAUGUCUCAACAGGAGUUGAAUCUUUGGAAAGGAACUGGUUAAUUUUCAUGAUAUCUCUAUGUCUCUCCUUAAGCCACGCCA